AUGGUCUGGCCUUUCAAUAAAAAGCGUGAAGAAGCUGCGGUCCAACAGGAGCAGACUGAGCCCCAGUUACAAAACUACAGCGCCGGGAAAAAAUACCUUUUGGAGGAUACAAAACCCCGGUUUGCCAACGAAUCUCAAAGUCAAUAUGCCAAGUCACAGGAGCAGGCUUCGCUUCGAAAAGCCUGGGAAACCGUGAGCUGGAAUGAUUUCAGUCUCCAGCGUCUGGUGCAAAUCCCGUGUCUGCGGGAUGCUGGAAUGAGCGGAUUCACCAGCAUGUUCGUUUUAGGUGGAGUUAUAUUCCUGUAUCAUAAAAACCCAGCAAAGGCUGCGAACUGGGCCGUUGGGGGUUUCAUGCUCGGUAGCAUUGUUGGCUGGGAACAAUGUCGCAUGAGGCGAAAAAAGAGCUUUCAAACAGCACAGAUGGCCAGAAAUACCAUCGCAAAUAAGGAAAAGCCCAUGAUGAACCCGGUGGUACAUGAUGACAGGGUCAAGAAAGAAUGGGAAGGACACACCUCCGAUAAAACUUCUCAAAGGCCCUGGUAUAAGCUGUGGUAG